AUGGAGUUGAGAGAGAAGCUGCUUUUCGAAGUUCAAGUCAUCUUUACUUUACUUCUUGUACGAUAUUCGUUACUCGGGAUUCUCAUCUAUUCUCAUAGCGAAGGAGUAGGGAUUCCCUCGUAUGGGGAAGGAGGGGGGGGUCUACACGCGACGAGAUCAACUCCGGGCAUGGAAGCUCUCAAGCAAAUGGACCUAAAGCAAGGCUACUGCUUCAAAGCAUGGUUGGCUAAAGGCACUCUCGGUCAAGCCUUUCCCGAUCCUUUAACCGCUCCAUCUCGUGCAAAUCCACCAGUCGGGGGCGAGGACCAAGGAAGGGCAAUUAUCAUCGCGCCUCGCCCGUCAAGUGAGCAGCCAACUAAAGAAAGAGAUCCCAUGUCGCCCGAGAGCACUCAAUGGGCUAGGGUGGCUAGUCCCCUAUUCCAUUGCCCCUAUGGAAUUAAAGCCGAUUUGACUGGCCCAACAGCUAGAAAGCAAUUCACGAAUCAGAUGGGGAAUCACCCACACGAGGACCAGACGGGUGAAAACGCAGCCGAUCUCCAUGAUAACAUCCUUUUUCUCGAGGUGCGCCCAUCUUUCAUGGCAACGAACGUUCAGGCAGACACACCACUCCUUGCUCGCCUACGCGAAUCAGCCAGGGAAGGAAGCGUAUUGAAUUAA